CUAUUAAUUAGUUUUAUGAUAUUUUGUAUCAUUAAAAACAAUAUUUUAUGUUAUAAAUCAAUACAACAAUGGAAUUCCAAACUACAAGAAUCGAGAAUAAAGAUCUUUGCAAUGUUCUACUGAAAUGGUUGCAAACAUUACAUCUCAAAACUCCACAUCGAACUUUAUAUGAUAUUACUGAUGGUGUAGCACUUGCUGAAGCAUUGAAUCAAAUUGCUCCAGAAUGUUUUGAUGACAAUUGGUUUUCAAAAAUAAAAAAAGAUGUUGGAAAUAAUUGGAGACUAAAGGUUAGUAAUCUAAAAAAGAUUGUUGAAAAAAUUCAAGAUUUUUAUCAAGAUUGUGACACACAACAUAUGGGAAACUUUGUAAAACCUGAUGUUAUAAAAAUAGGAGACCAAGAUGAUACAAUGGAAUUAGCUCGAUUAUUGCAACUUAUAUUGGGAUGUGCUGUUAACUGUCGAAAUGCUCAAGAUUACAUUACAAAUAUCAGAUCAAUGGAUGAAAACUCCCAAACUGUAAUAAUGCAGUCUAUACAAGAUCUAGAAAGGAUACAAGGACAUCCUCAAAGUAUUAUUACUACUAGCCUUGGAGUUGAUACUGAUGAUCACCAAGAACAAAUUCAACAACUUAUUGAUGAACUUCAAUCUGUAACAAAAGCUAGAGAUCAAAUGACUCAACGCUGUCUUGAACUCGAUUCUCAAAUAAGUUUAUUACAAGAAGAAAAAACAUACAUUUUAGAUGAAAAAAGACAUUUAGAAGAACGACUUUUAGAAAGUGUUGAAGAUCCCUUGAAGGGUAGUGGUCAGAGAAGACAGAUUGAAGAACUAAAAGAAGAAUUGUACAAAGCUGAAACAUCUAGAGAUGAUUAUCGAAUAAAACUUAAGACACAAGAAAGAGAAAUGGCCGAUUUAAAAGUUAAAUUUGAUUUAUUACAAGAAACUGCUGGAGAGGCGAGACUUCUUAAAGAUGAAUUAGAUAUUCUUCGAGAUACAGCUGAUAGAGUUGAAAAGUAUGAAUCAACCAUACAGUCCUAUAAAAAAAAACUAGAAGAAUUAGGUGACUUAAAAAGACAAGUGAAAAUAUUGGAAACAAAAAAUAUAGCUUAUAUUCAACAAAAUAUGGAAUUAGAACAGGAAAUUAAGAAAUCUUCUGUGUGGAAAUCACAAUUAGAAAUAUAUAAAAAACAAGUUACUGAACUACACCAUACAUUAAAUGAUGAGACAAACAAAAUUGAUAAAUUGGAAUUUGAAUCAAAAAAGUUACUGGAAAACCUGAACACCUUACAGAAAGAAAAAGAUAGAUUAGUUAUUGAGAGGGAUUCGUUAAAAGAAGCAAAUGAAGAAUUAAAAUGUUGUCAAACACAAAUGAAAAAGACCAGUACGCUUGAACAUUCUCAAACAACUGCUAGCGAUGAUAUGGAAUCGGCAAUGGACCUCAAACAGAAAUUAGUAAGGCUUCAACACGAGAACACAAUGCUAAAAAUGAAUCAAAAAGAACCAGAAGAAGAUAAAAUAUCGGUACUCCAAAGUAUUUUGGAUAAUACAAGACAACAGUAUAAUGAACUGCGUUUGGAUAAUAGAAAAGCUAAUCAAAAGAUAUUGGAAUUAGAAUCUGAGUUAAAAGAACAAACAGAAAAUAACAAUGAAUGGAAUUCAAAAAUUAAAGAACUACAAAGUCAACUACAAUGUGAAAAAGAUACAAGAUCAUUAGAUAUUGAAGAAAAAAAUACGACAAUAUCAGAUAAAGAUCAAUUCAUAAAUAUUUUGCAAGUUUCUCUUCAUCAAAAAGAUAUAGAAAUACAAGAAUGGGAAGAGAAACAUAAAAAAUUCAUAGAAAAAGCUAAAUCAGUUGUUAAAUCUAUGGACUCCAAAAAUGUAUCAUUAUCUGAUGUUGACAUAAGUGUAUUAGAAAAUAGGUUAAUAAAAGCCAAUAAAGAAAUAAGCGACUUAAAGAAAGAACAAGAAAAUGACAAAGCAUCACAAGAGAUUGAAGAAAAAUUAAUAUCCACUGCAUUUUACAAAUUAGCACAAACUAAGAUGCAAGAAUCUGUUGACCAGAGAGUAAUGAAUCAAGGACUGUUACAAUCUCAAACAUUCCUAACAAAACACAGACAGCAAACAAAUAAAACAGUGGUACAAAAUCACAGAAAGUUUAAAUCUCCAUAAAAUAGUAUUAAGAGAGUUCAUUCAUCAAGUAUUCUAAGUAUUCAAGAAAAAACAAUAAACAAUUAACAAGCAAACUGUAAGUAAGUAGUAUACAUACCAGUUUAAAUACCAAAUUAUCAUUUUCGUAUAAAUUGAGUGGCUUAGAAAACUAUUUCUAAUAUUUAAAUAACUGUGGCAGUGACACAUCAGACGCUUGUAUGCACUUUUUUUUAUUUAUUAGUGGUGACAAUUAUUAGAAAACCCACUUAUUUAAAAUGCACAACAUUAAGUAAAUUCUACUUUAAAUUUAACCUUAAUCUCGAGCUUUUGACAAUAACAUUGAUAACAUAAAAUAAUUUUGAUAACUCAUUUGUCUCCACUAAACCAUUUUAAUUUAAAAUAGGUAAUUAAUUAUUUUUAGACAUAAGGAAACCAUUAAUACUUCCAAGUAGAUCUUGGAUACAAUACUUCCUUUACUCUAGUAUCCUAUUAAAUUUAAAAAGUGCUAGGCCGAAGUAUUUUAUUCUUAAAACCAUUGUUCCUACUCCAACUAAUAAGUAACUAUGAGAAGGUAUAGAAAGUCCAGUCUUCAGAAUAUAUUAUAUAUACACUCUUGUAUAUUAUCUAAAUAAUUUGUUCAAAAAUUUGGUGCUUUGAUAAAAUAUACAAUUUAGUAUAAUAUAUAUAUAUAAAUAUAUUAGACAAUAAUAAAUUAGGUAAUAAUAUCUUGUAAAUAUAAAAAUUAAAACCAUAGGCUUUGACUAAAGGAUUUCAAACUAUCGACUUAACUUAUUAUAUACCUAUGAUAUUUACUUUUUAUAUAAUUCAUUCUUAUUGAAUUAUUUAAGUUGGUCAUAUCUAUAUAGUAAGAUAAAUUUCAAAUGCUCAAUGUAACACUUUAUAGUAUUUUAGUAUAUUAAUGUGUACAAUAAUCAGUGUGAAUAGAGAUUUUUCAAACAAAAAUAAAUUUGUAUAUUCAUCAUUUCUAAAAUAUUUUAAUCAAAUACUAAAUAUUCAUACCUAUUGCCCUGUCUCACAUUAAUGUUCUUUGUAAUAGCCUCUGAAAAAGUUAUUUCUUGAUGUUUAGUAGUAAACAUUGUAUAAAUCAAUCUACCGGACUUGCCACUUCAGUAAUUGUUUUUUGCCACCUAGUCUUAAGAUCUCUCAAGUUACUUUUAAUCAAUUGUAUAAAAAAAAGUGUAUAUUAUCAUAAGAUACGCAGGUGUUAAAAAAUUAUAAUUGUAAGUUUAUUUAAACAGUUAAAGAGCUAUUUUGAAAAAUAGAUAUAAUUUAAUACCAUUUUUUUUAUACAUUUAGUAUAAUAUAAAGUCUUAGGUACUAAUAUCUAAUAGUUAUUAGAUAUUAUAAUUAAGUAUUUUCCUACCUAAUAUGCACUUAUGUGCAACUUUUAUUGUGUACAAUAGCGCGUUUAAUUUAAACAAGAACUUCAAUUGUUUUUGUUUAGCACUCAUUGUGUUCUCUAAAAAAAAUUAAUAUUUUAUAAAAAAAUGUAUACCACAAAGUUAACAUAAUUAACUUGAUUAUUAAUAAACCAUCGUGUGAAAAUACGGUGAAAAUCGUAUCUCGUAUUUAAUUAUGAUAUCGCUGUUUAUAUUUCAUUAUUAUUGUUCAGAAAAAAAUGUACUUAACAGUAAAAUGUAAUCAUCGUUUAAAAAAAUUGUUAACCUUCUUUGAAAGAACUUCUUUUGUUAUAUUUAAUAAUAGAUAAACAAUACUUAUAGUUAAAAUUUAUUUUAAAAAAGUUAUUUAUUAUUGAGUUUAUUCAUUGUCUACCACUCAUCAGUUAUUAAUAUUAAUAUAUAUAUUUAUAAUAAUUAUGAAUUUGUGUGUACACCGUCCAUAGAUCUUAGCUAAAAUCAAUUGUUAUGUUAAUCACUGUGUGUCCGUGUCCUUUGUGAAAAUGCGAACCAUUAAACUUAAGUAUUACUCGUAGACAAUAUUAUCAUAUUAUAGAAUUAGUUUACCUAAAUAUUGUUAAAAAUAAUUAUUGUGAUGUUUGAUACCGAUAUACCGCAAUUAUGUAUUGAUUCAGGGUAAUUUUUUUUUUUAGUUUAUCAUUUGAUCUUUAUAGAACGCAAUUACUCGUUUUAUUGUAAUUAGAUACAUACAUUUUAUUUAUAUUGUACAUGUCAAUAUUGAAAUUUAUUUUUUUAAUGUAAUACAUUUUAUAUUUGCCAUUAUUGCCAUUUGUGUCGAAAUAGCUGAAAUUGUUAAUUCAGUUAUAU